UAUUUAUCUUCCGGUGUCAGAAACAACUAGCUAACGUGCUAAUCAACAGAGCUAGCGAAAUUAGACAACAAACGUUUGUCUUUAUUCUGCUUUAAGUUUUCAGAACAAACAUUACUGUUGGGAUUAUUUGGGAUUAUCAGGAAAGGCUGGUUUAGUUUUCAUUCUGGUUAUUUUUAACCUUCUCCGGAGCAGGUGGGAUGGAGGGACCGUCCUGCCGGUUAGCUGCCCAGCCGGCAGAGGAGCUCCGGCCGCCGGGCAGCCUGGGCUCCGGCGGCGCCGCCGGGUCGGAACCCACGCGGGACAUGAGGACCCACUUCCGGGUGUGUCGCUUCAUGAUGGAGACAGGAGUGAAGCUGCGCAUGCGCUCUGUCCCUGUGGCCACAGCCUGCCUCCUAUAUCACCGCUUCUUCCAGCGGGUCACAUCGCAGCUCUAUGAGCCCUACCUGGUGGCCAUGAGCUGCUUAUACCUGGCUGGUAAAGUGGAGGAGCAGCACAUUCGCACCCGUGACAUCAUCAAUGUGAGCCACAGGUACUUUAACAAAGGCAGCGCCCCCCUGGAGUGUGAUAAGGAGUUCUGGGACCUCAGGGACAGCGUGGUGCGAUGUGAGCUCCUCAUCCUCCGACAGCUCAACUUCCACGUCUCCUUUGAACACCCCCACAAGUAUUUACUCCACUACCUCCUGUCUGUAAAAUCACUCGUCAACCGACACGCUUGGUCUCGAACCCCUGUGGCCGAGACUUCCUGGGCGUUGCUGAGAGACUGUUACCAUGGGGACAUGUGCAUCCGCCACGUGCCGCAGCACAUCGCGGUGGCCGCCCUCUACCUGGCGCUGAACAGCUACGGCGUGGAGCUGCCUGCUGGUGAGAAGCAGUGGUGGCAGGUGCUGUGUGAGGAUGUGACCAAAGCAGACAUCGAUGCCGUGAUCUCAGACCUUCUCCGGCUCUAUGACAUGGAGGCCAAAUGCGUCUGAAGAACACGGCGACGGAGAGGAGCUCCUGUUGGUGACCAUGAAACUGAAGACCUGAACCUACUAUGAACAGGGGGGGAGGGGGGAUCCAGGUGCAUGUCAACCAUCUGUGCAUCUGAGGCACAAUGACUUUAUUUGCUCCAGUUAUGGAGCUGAUGAAAAUCCUUCCUGCAGUACCAUCGUCCGCCACACAGGGGAGACAUUUAUAGCCUUUGAUCUGCGCCUCAAAGCCAAACAUGGCGGCUUUUUAAUCUGAGCUGCUGCAGAACUCAGAGCUUCAUGCUUCUGAUCUCACUAAUUAAACAAUAAAUCAGGAUUUCAUAAAAAUCUGA